GACUGUUAGUUUUCUCUAAGCAACAGUGAAUGUCAGUGGAAGACAGACGAUAAUAUUGUGUCAAAUUGAAGGUAGAAUUGAUAGUGCAGAGUAAAGGAUAACCUGUGCGUUUUCGCGUAUCGUCGGACGUUGUUGAGAUCCGAAUCUUUCGAACUGCUACAAGACGGCACGAUUCGAAAUAAAAGCAUUCUACAACCUUUGACGAAUCUCGACGCGCCGGUAUCGCCGAUUCUAGAGCGUUAUCAACUGGAGCAAAAAAUGGCAUCGAUCGUCGGCAAUUAUCAACACGAACGCAAUGAAAAUCUCGACGAGUAUUUCAAAGCUGUGGGUGUACCAUACAUUCCACGGAAAAUGAUGGCCAUGUCCAGUCCGCGACUGGAAAUAUCGAAUGACGGUGAUAAAUGGACAAUUCGCACAAUUUCGAUGAUUCGCACAGUAGAAGUGACGUUUACUCUCGGUGAAGAAUACGAAGAACACAUGCCUGCUGGAGUUACAUUGAAAAAUAUGACUACAAUGGAAGGAGAUAGCCUGGUGACAGUUUCGGUCAGUCCAGAUAACAACAAAGUUGUACGGAAAUACGAAGUUACAACGGAUGGUGUAAUCUUGACAAUGACCCAUGAAAACAGUGGCCAAGUGGCGAAACGCUAUUUUAAACGUCUUUCGUAAACCGUACGGCAAUUUCAGCGGAGAAAAAUAUUUAAACUCUUACAUUCCAUUUAAAACGAACGUAUAACUCCAAAUAUAAUGUUUUUUUUUUAAUAUCCUUAUAUCGUAACGGUAAGUUUUUAAUACUUCCAAGAGCUCCAUUCCUACAGUACAAUGGAGACAUGCAAAGGCGAACAAAAGCCGCGUGAAAAGCGUCUACGCUUGCCAGAUGAAAAAAGCCGUGGAUCGAUCACAAACGUUCCUACUGUCAUUUAGAGCAUGUGCCGCGCCUACUUUUACCGUUUGUCACGUGUUCCUCGACACGACAAACAAGGAUAAACAAUAACUGUAUCACGUGUGUACGAAUACGAAUAAAGACUCGUUUAAACGCACAAAA